CUAUGCAUGGCUGACAGUUCACUAGUACCAUCAACAGGCAUCUGGACAGGAACUAUUUCAUGGGGACCUAUCAACAUACAAACAUCAUUCAAAGUGUUCCCUGGUGGAGGAUCAUGGAGAAUGCUACUUGGAAAACCCACUGGAACAAGUCAAUGCCACCUAAGAAUAUGGCACAGACUUGAUCCUCUUACCAUAUAA